AUGCAUUCCAAGAACAUCCUUACCAUUAUGGCUGCAGCCGGUGUCGCAGUCGCCCAGCGCCCGACUGAUACACCAAUUUGCGACUACUACACGACAGCACUGUUGAAGAACAACACGGCCGAGAACCAAUACACCCUGCUGACACUCCUCGUCAACACUGCUGUUAUUGGGAAUUACACUACGCCAAACGUGGGAGUUAAGGUACCCGGAAUUCUAGCAACAGGUACAUACAAUGGUGCAGAAGUCAAUCUCCUCCCUUACUUCAAUGGAGAACUUGCCUCCUCAAACAGAGGUGGCGGUUCCGGUGUUUCCAUCAACUUCUUGGAUGGUGGUGGUGCGGCGCCUCUGAUGAAGAACAUGCCUGCCAACAACGACCAGUCUAAGCAAUAUUUCCUUCUGACCCAUCUCUACCAAUUUUUCGGCGCUCUUCUCGGUUGCUCCAAGUAUGGCAUGGCUGGUUUCCCCCGAUACAGCGGAUUCGCCUCCAUGUAUGAAGUGCACAAGUUCAUGGACCUCGACGAGAAUGAGCUCGGAUAUUUCAUCCAGCAGGUUGCUCUUGCAGGAGCAUCGUUUGGUGUCACCCAGGAUGACCUCAAGGCUGUUGGUACGGCUUUGAACCAGCUCUUUGGGCUCCGUUGUAGUCCUGCCGCUACGGCAAUUUCUGAGCAGGGCCCUCAGUUGCAGGCGAUAUGCAUUACUGACAGCUGCCCUCUCUCACCCAACGCCGUUUGUGCCAGCUACCAAGCAGCUGUUGCGCCGAAAAAUGCUACUGAUAACUCUACUGCCACUAGCUCAACACCGGCGACAACAGUAUCCCCAAGCACAGUACCAACGGCCGGCGCAGUUGUGCAGAGCGCAAGCUUGGCCAUCCUUGUUGGUGUUCUUGCUUGUCUUGUCUAA